CCAUUUUUUUACCAUUUCUAGGAUGAACCGCGUCCGAGUGCGUUGAUAUCGGUUUUUAGACGCAUUCGCGAAUCAAAGUCUUCGUUGAGGAAUUGAGUAAAGGAUGUUCCUUCGUCGGCAGAGUCCAGGCGUCGCAAGGUGCCGAUAGAAAUUUGAAGGGAACAAAAAAAGGCAGAGUUGGGGGUUGAAAUAUGGAUCGGCGCCGAUUCGACCACAACCGGAACGUCAUAGGGGUGAGCGAGAAGUUUGUACCAGAGCCGAUGUCUGUGUGUUGCGAGGACGUCGGUGGUCCACGGAUGCCAAAAACGGGGAUGUCGACGACGGUGGGCCGGAGGCGGGGGUUGCCCGCCGCGAUAAUGGCACUGCUCACCGGCACGUGGCUCGUCGCGGUGUUCGCCGCUGCGGUGAACGACGUAUCGGCUGCUUUCACGACUGCCCCAACAACCAUGGAGCCCGAAUUUGUGAAGGAAAUCGGCAACAUAACGGCACCGGCUGGCCGGAGCAUCAAGCUCGCGUGCACCGUCAAGGACUUGGGAACGUACAAAGUCGCGUGGAUGCUGUUCGACCAAAGUGCCAUUCUGACGGUGCAAUCUCACGUUAUAACGAGAAAUCCGCGAAUAUCCGUAUCGCAUGACAAGCAUACAACUUGGUAUCUGCAUAUCAACGACGUGCAAGAGGAGGACAAGGGCAGGUACAUGUGCCAAAUUAAUACUGCCACGGCAAAGACGCAAUAUGGUUACCUGCAUGUUGUCGUGCCGCCUAAUAUUGACGACUCGCUGAGCUCGUCAGACGUGAUAGUCAGGGAAAACGCCAACGUGACACUUAUUUGCAAGGCUUCUGGCAGCCCACCACCCAGCAUUCGUUGGAAAAGGGACGACAACAAUAAGAUCUCCAUCAACAGGACGUACUCUGUAAGCGAGUGGGUUGGAAGUACCCUCGAGAUGACGAAGAUCUCGAGGCUGGACAUGGGCAAUUACCUCUGCAUCGCAAGCAACGGCGUGCCACCAUCGGUUAGCAAGCAGAUCAAGGUGUCCGUAGACUUUCCCCCGAUGCUGUGGAUACCGCAUCAGCUGGUCGGCGUACCGCUGGGCUAUACCAUCACCCUCGAGUGUCACACGGAGGCUCAUCCGACGUCCUUAAAUUACUGGACGAAGGACGACGGUGUGAUGAUCCACCAGAGCGACCAAUACAGGGUCAUGUCGACGCCCGAGAAGCCGUCGUACAAGACAAACAUGACGUUAACGAUCGUCAAUGUCCAGCAAGCGGAUUACGGAAUGUACAAGUGCGUGGCGAAGAACCCGAGAGGCGAGACCGAGGGAACGAUUCGGCUCUACAAGUCUGAGCCAGCAAGCACGAGUCCAAGGCCCGUGACGACGGAACUUCCCGACGAUAAAGAGUGGGAGACCUCGUCGGAAAUGAACAAUUCGGUGUACGAGAGCCCGAGCUCGCUGACCAACAACGGCAAGAAAAAAGGAACUAAAGGAAAUAACUCAAAUCUGAAUGAAAUUGGCAAGUCAGAGCAGAAAGCCAGUGAACAAGACAAGAAACGCAGUCGGGACUGGUCAAACAAUACUCCAGCGGUACAGACAACUGCGACGACAACCCUCGUGGUACUGUUAUUCCUGCCGGUGAUCUACGCCUGCUGGAUCCUCCGAUAAGCCCAGUCGCGUCGAGAGCCAACGGAGCGAGGGAGCACCAGCGACACGACAAGACAAGAGGAAUCGAGGAGCUGUUGCCAGUGACUCGAUUACAGUCGAGGGGAGUUGCACGUCAUCGGGGGAUGAAAUACUUUUUUAAACGUAGCUAGCA